CUUCUAAGAAGUGUAAUGAUACUGGCAAUUGGCGCUUUGGUUAAACUUCAGUCAUUGGAUCUUAGUAAUAAUGCAUUGGCAAUUCUCUGUCCUGAGAUUGGUCGGUUGAAAUCUUUACGACACCUGCGAUUGGCCAACAAUCAGCUGAAAUUCCUUCCAUCAGAAAUUGGAGAUCUAAGAGAGCUGCAGACUCUCGACAUCUCAACCAAUUGCUUGACGGCAUUGCCAGAGAGUCUUCAUUUAUGCUUUGCCCUGCAAUAUUUGGCAGCUGACCGAAACCACCUAAAGAAUUUGCCUAGGCAGCUUUGUAUGCUUCCAAACUUGAAUGAACUCUCUGUUACAAGCAACUGUUUAAAAUGUUUACCACAAGAUUUAGGGCGAUAUCCAGAACUACAGUAUGUGUACGUAGAUAACAACUUUCAGCUAUAUGGACUACCUUCUUACCUGUACAACAAAGUUAUUGGCCACAGUGGUUGUGGUUCCUCUUUGAAAAAUGAAGAAGUGAAGCUUUCAUUCACCCACAGGCAGCUGACCAUUACUGUACCCGAUGAAAUCCAGACAAUAGGAACAGAAAACGAUACUGUCCCACCACUUCAAGAAAUGGUUAUGAGGACCAUCUACAAAUUUUACCACACGUCUAAGAAAGGUCUGGAUCUCCUGUCCCCAAACUCAUUACCUAGGAAUCUGUGCAAGUUAUUAUUCUACCCUCUGGGACAUUGUCAUCACUGCAGCCAGCCAAUGUUUACCAUCGUCUAUCCUAAGUGUUUUCCUUUGACAGAGACCCCAAUGGCUGCCUUGUAUAAUGGGAGGACAAAAAUGAGCUUUGUAGCAUACUGUUGCUCCAUCAAAUGUCUACGGGUUUUUGACUUGCUUAGCUGACAUGUCGUGACAAGGAGUAACUUGGCGGACACGUUGGGAGGUGGGAAAGUUGCGUUGAAUGGCAAGGUUCUGAAAGCGAUUCUGUUGGUUAACUUCCAUCUCACCUCAAAAUACAGUUGCAAGAUUACAACAAGCUGUCAGAAAAGUUUGCACCGAUUAUGAUUCUUUUCGGUUUGUACUGAAAACGAUUAUGAAUCACACCUGUGGGAAAUUAUUCAUUUCCAGUGAAGAAAUCUGUCAUUUAUAAAUGUCAAAUGCUGACGUACUUUGUAAGUCUGUAACCUGAAGGAUGAAAUAUAAUGUAAGCACAAGGGGAAGAACCUACAAAGUAAGAAAUAAAAGGAAGAUCAUUUUGGCAUAACUACUUGAAAGUCAAA